AUGGCAUACCCCGACUUCCACCGAAUCGAUCCGGAGCUAGAGGAAUUGGACGCCAGCGCCAAUCACGGUCCUGUUUUCCACGACACUGAGAGAUCCCCAGUCUACGAAGACCACUCCCAGGGCCUUAUAUAUCCUAUUGUGGCGCAGGAUGACGUCGCUGCCCUGCGACGCUACCACGCAAACCCCGGCGCUAGGGUUUUCUGGGAAGCCUACGAGAACCCCUCAUGUCAUCCGUUCUUCGUCGCCCAAGCAAAUAGUAGCUGCGAAACCCUUCAGGACCUGCUCCAGAUUUACCUCGCGGAUUAUCUGUUAACUGCUGGGACUGGUGGCCACGCACCUCAUGGCGGCUUUCCGCUUCUAUCUAAGUACCUAACAGCACAAUACUUUAUUAACUAG